CGAUAGGAAAUUGUAUAGAUUUGGCGAUAUAUGAAGCACCAAAGAAGACGAAGAGUUUCCCAAAGGAAUAGAUUCGUGAAUGGAAUUUUGUUUAGUACAAUGUACAGGGCUCAAGACAGUAGCUUUGGCUACUGUUUAGACUUGCUAAGACGAUAUGACCACGAUCAGUUUUUGGUAAAUCUUGUGCAACCUAAUACGCAUAGAAGAGCACAUGCAGCGAUAAGGGCGUUCAACGUUGAGUUGACCAGAAUUCGCCAAAUUGUAACUAAUGAGGAUCUGGGCCGACUGCGCGUAACUUUUUUUCGAGAGGCUUUGGAAAGGGCCUUUGCGGCAACACCUGAUAAACAACCAGUGUUGGAUCUGCUGUCCGAAGCAAUAGUCCAGUUUGGCUUAUCGAAGAAAUGGUUUGAACGUUUGUUAUCUGCAAGAGAAGCAGAUUUAUCGUUACCCAACUUUCAGACCAUUCAAGAAGUGGAGCACUUUACCGAGUCGACACAAUCUUCGUUACUAUAUGCUUAUUUAGAAACAUUUGGAAAGCGACAAUUGUCUUUGCCGGUGUAUCAAGCGGCUAGUCAUUUGGGACAAGCGCUAGGUCUUACAAUUCUUCUUCGUGGAACAAGGCAUCAUAUUGAAUCACGUUUGUGUUAUUUUCCAAAGGAAUGGAUUCAAAAGUAUCGAGUGGAUUUGCCUCUACACUAUCGUGGACUGUGGAAGGAAUCCAAUAGUAUCGGUAUGUUACAAGAAAUGAGUGAACUAGCGUCAUAUCAUAUAGCAACGGCUCGUCAAUAUGUUGGUGAUAUUCCACCCUUGUUAUUUCCAGCUUUUCUUAGUUCAACCAUUGUCGAUGUAUAUUUAGCAAAGAUAAGACGUUAUCACUAUCAAAUGCUCGAUCCUCGUGUAGAAUUUGCUGCCAAACUUGGAUUGAAAUUAUUAUGGAAUAAGUGGAGGAGGCGUUUCUGAAGUUAUCGAAUUAGGGUAGGAGAAUGUUUGAAUACUGCUGUCGUAGAUAGAAAUGCAGAUGAUGGCAAAGGAAAAGUCUCUUUUUAUGACAAUGCAACUCAAGAAAUUGUAAAGUGUUUAUUAGAUAUCCAUUUCACUAGUUGAGAUAAAACAAUAACGCAUCGAUAUACACCCAAACAAUGGACCAUUGCCAUUUCAAAACAU